GAUCGACCAAGGAAUACCGGUGUGACUGUCCGCCCGCAUCCCAAAUAUGGACAAGACGAAGGCCCUCCUCCUCUUCCUCUUCUCCCUCCUGCAGCUCGUGGCCGUGGGCAGAGCGGCUCCUCUGUCGCGGGAGGCUGUCAGGUCCAAAGUCAAGCGCAACGCUGAGCAGCUGCUGAGGAAGAUAGAGAUGUACUCUCAGCUGCAGUUCCCUUCCGGCCCCACCAUCAACUCGCCCCCGGACAGCGUGGACGGGCUUUCCUCGAUAGUGGUGGUCCUCGAGGGCUACGACAGCCUGCUCUCCGAAAACCUAGACGGGCUGCCUCAGCUGAAGCUGGAGGUCUCCUCCCUGAGGGGCUACCUGAACGACUGGAGGCAGGGGCUCUGCGGAGACCUGCGGCCCAAGCCCUCGCUGCAGGGGCGGCUGGCGGAGCUGCAGAGUCGGAAACAGUACGUUUACACGGUGAGCAUCGAGGCGCUGAUGGGGCUGAAGGACUUCCUCGGUCAGCUGCUGAAGAACCUCGACCUCCUGGGGACGUGCUGAUGGUGCCGGGCCGCGGUCGAAAGAUUUGCUGAGCAAAUCCGAGUCGGCGACUUGAAACUGUGACGUGUCAAGUCACAGAAGUCGGCACUGUGACGCAGCGUUGGUCAUUUUAACAUACUGAACAUUGUUUUCUAAAGCCAUCUAUUCUUUGACCUUGAGUAUUUAUAUUAUAUAUAUAUAUAUAUAUAUUUAAAGAAGGCGUUUUAUAAGAGAAAUGAAUUCUGUAAGAAUGUUUACAUACAAGUUUGUCUGUAGCAAAUAUAUUCAGUUAGUAACACCAAUGUUUACAUGCAAACAUAUUUAGGCUUUGCAGACCAGCGAAUCUGCUACUGACACACACUGCUGUGGGGGGGGGGGGGGGAGAGCGCUUGGGUUUGAACUCGAGUACUGUAUUCAACAGGACGGUGUGAAAAAAAAAGAAGCUCUUGUCCUCUCUCAGUCAUCCAGCUGGCUCAGCAGAGUUGGGCCGGUUGUCUCGUCCAAAAUGGGAAGUCACGAUCGGCAUCUACGAGAUUCCUGAAAGCCCGGUGGAAAAGAAUGCCGAGUAGCAGAUGUUUUCAUUUAACAACUGGAAGGAAGAAGGGGGACACACGAGUAGAGCAGUCACAGGUUACCAAACCGCUGGAAUCCAUGUUAUUUAUAUUGCAGUUUUGUAUACUACAGGCUAGCGCCUUUUUCAAACCGAUGCAAACUAGCCGGUUCACGUGCAUUAAAGUGUUUUU